AAAGGUGAAGUGGAAUGUCUGAUCAAGCUCUUCGACAAGCUGGUGGCCGAGUCCAGCAGCCGCUUUGCUGCAGCCGGCUUUGACCGUAACAUGUUCAGAGACAUUCUGCACAGCGCGUUUGGCAUGACGGAUGAGAUGAUCAUGGACAGAGUGUUCCGCACUUUUGAUAGAGAUAACAACAGCUGCAUCAGUGUGGUGGAAUGGGUGGAAGGCUUAUCAGUAUUUCUUCGGGGGACACUGGAAGAAAAGAUCAAAUACUGUUUUGAGGUUUAUGACCUGAAUGGUGAUGGAUACAUUUCAAGAGAGGAAAUGUUUCAAAUGCUGAAAAACUGCCUUCUCAAACAACCAUCAGAAGAAGAUCCUGAUGAGGGAAUUAAGGACUUGGUAGACAUAGCAAUGAAGAAAAUGGACUACGAUCAUGAUGGCAAGCUUUCUUUUAAGGACUUUGAAAAAGCAGUCAGAGAUGAAAAUCUUCUCUUAGAAGCCUUUGGACCAUGUUUGCCAGACAUAAAGAGCCGUAUGGCAUUUGAGCAGAAAACCUUCCGGGAAAGCUCAUAA